CUUAUGCCUUGCGCCAACCAAGGAACAGACGGUGGCAAUUUAUGAGCUGUGUCAAGAGCUGCUCCAUGGACACCCUGGAGGCCUAAAGUGCGCAAUGGCAGUUGCAGGCGUACCCCGUAACCACCUACUUUCUGCGAUGCGUGAAGCCAACUUGUGGGUGGCGACGCCGCGCCGUUUUUUCGACUUUUUGACUGCAGGGCAGCUACCAAAUGUUUCCGCCGUUUCGUUUUGUGCCGUUCUAGACCUUGUUAAGGCAUCCACAAAUAAUGACAAUCCAUCUAGUCCUAGAUGAGCAUCCAAUAUCUUGGGGGGCGUCGUUUUAAAUAAAGGGGACAGAAACUGGAGCCAAGACGUGAUGCUCCUACCUUUACAUCGAUAUUUAGAAUCUGUUGGGAUCAGAUGUCUGUUAGCAUGAUCAUACCUCUAUUUAGACGGACUUAUAUAUAAUUUGUAUUUGAUAUCUUCUGUUAUAGAUCAUCAUCUAACCUUCAGUGCAUGUUGGAGCAGAAUCUGGG